GGCGUAAACAGCGCGGCGGCGACAGCUUGGGAACGGCCCGGCGGCCGGGAACGGCCACCGGCCCCCUCGCUCGUUCCCCGGCCGGGCGGGCUGCCCCGGGGCCGGCCGGCCUCCCCGCCUGGUGCCGGGCGGGAGGGACGGAGGAGCCGCUGGGGAGAGGCCGGUGCUCCUUAGCGCGGCGGCCCCCCGCGGGGUUGAUGCCGCAGCCCCCCGCCCGCUGAGGGGCUGCGGGCAGCGGCCGGGGAGCUCUCGGACGGGGGUUGGCGGCCUCGGCGCGGCUGAACCGGCGGCGGCUGAGCCGGCGGAUGCCGAGCGGCGGCGGGGGCCGGCGGUGAAGAUGGCGACCCCGGGGAUGAGCUGGCAGCAGCAGCACGGCUACGGCGGCGGCUCCGCGCCCGGAGCGGGGAAAUUCGGCUCCGGUUCUGCCCCGCCGGGACUGGGAGCCGAGCACAGCCCGGACCUACACUUCAAAAUGAGCAAGAAGAUCGCCCAGCUCACCAAGGUAAUAUAUGCUUUGAACACUAAAAAUGAUGAACAUGAAGCUGCUAUCCAAGCCCUUAAGGAUGCCCAUGAAGAAGAAAUUCAACAAAUUCUUGCAGAGACAAGGGAGAAGAUCUUGCAGUAUAAAAGUAAAGUUGCAGAAGAAAUGGAUCUUAAGAGAAAGAUCCAGGUUUUGGAAGAGUCACUGGAGGAUCAUAAAAAAAUGAAACAUCAGGCCUUGACAGAAUUUGAAGCAUAUAAGGAUAGAGUUGAAGACAUGCAGCUUUGUGCAGAAGCCCAGCAUGUCCAACGUGUAGUGACCAUGUCAAGAGAAGUAGAAGAGAUUAGAAAGAAAUUUGAGGAAAGGCUACGAAGUUUCAUACAGUUGCAAGUGCAGUAUGAAAAGGACAAGCGUUCAGCUCUGGAAGACUUGCGAGCUGCACAUAGACUUGAGAUUCAAGAACUUCUGAAGACUCAACAGAGUCAGAAUGCAACCUUGAGUAAGGGACAAGAAAAGCUAGAGGAACUGCACAGACUGGAGCUUGAAGACUUGAAUAAUAAAGUUGAGGAACUGAGACUGGAAAGGAAAAAGCUCAUUGAGGACUAUGAAGGUAAACUUAGCAAAGCGCAAUCCUUCUAUGAACAUGAACUUGAUUCAUUGAAAAGAUCCCAGCUUUUUACAGCUGAAAGUCUGCAUGCUUGCAAAGAAAAAGAGGUGGAGCUAAGGAAAGAGUUUCAGAACCAAGAAAGUAUUUUACGGAAGAAUCUGGGAAAACUUAAAACUGAAUUGCAAAUGGUGCAGGAUGAAGCAGCCAGUCUACGGGAAAAAUGCCAAAAGCUUCAGGUGGCACUUAGUACAGCAGAAAACAAUGUUCAGGUUCUUCAAAAACAGCUAGAUGACGUGAAGGAGGAGGAGAUGUCAUUGCUAAGCAAACAUAAAGAAGUGGAAAGUGAGCUAGCAGCUGCCAGAGAACGCUUACAACAGCAGGCCACCGAUCUUGUUCUCAAAGCCAGUCACAUUGGAAUGCUUCAAGCUACCCAAAUGACACAAGAAGUUACAAUCAGAGAUUUGGAAUCAGAAAAGUCUAGAUUAAAAGAGAAACUAUCCCAACUGGAAGAGGAAAGAAACUUACUACAAAGCAAAACACAGAGUCUGGAUGAGCGACAAAGGCAGCAGAUUCUGGCUUUGGAGAAGAAAGUAAAUGAAGCAAGGGAGACGCAGCGUGAAUAUUAUGAGAAGGAGUUGGUAAAACUGCAAGCAAGAUUAGAAGGAGAGGCCGCACAGUUGAAAGAGGCGCAUUCAAAAACUUUAGAAGAAUUGGCAUGGAAACACCAUACUGCAAUUGAGGCUGCACACAGCAGCGCUAAUAAGGAUAAGAAAAAACUGCAGAUGGAGUUAGAGCAGCAGUUCGAGAAGGAGAAACUGCAUUUGGAGGAUGACAAGAAUCAGCUUCGACAGCAGCUGGAAAACCUGAGGGAAGAACUGACAACGAAACUGACUUCUGCCAAUCAGGAGGUGUGUCGUCUGCAAGAUCUCGUAAGAAAAAGUGAACAAGGCCUUGGUACUGCAGAAGGACAUAUCUCCAGUCUUCAAGAAGCUCAGGAAAUACUCCAGAAAGAACUAGAGUUAACUAGAGCACGACUGCGAGAGACCACAGAUUCACUGUAUAAUGUUGAGGGAGAACUAGACCAGGAGAGACAACAACAUGAGGUAAUGAUUGCUGCCAUGAGAGAAGAAGAAAAGUUCAAAGUUGACAGAAUGGCUCGUGACUUGGAAAUUAAAUGGACAGAAAAUCUUCGACAGGAAUGUAACAAGCUUCGUGAAGAGCUGAGGCUUCAGCAUGAAGAGGACAAGAAGGCAGCUAUGACUCAAUUAUUGCAGCUUAAAGAACGUGAAAAAAAUGCAGCCAGGGAUGGAUGGCAAAAAAAAGUUGAAGAUCUUUUAGACCAGCGGCACUGUCUCGGUGAAGCUUUGCAUAAAUCUAUCAGCAAUAUCUCCUUGCUCAAGCAGAAUCUGGAGAUGCAGCUUUCCCAGUCACAGAGCUCUUUACAACAGCUGCAAGCCCAGUUCAGUCAAGAGCGUCAGCGGCUGACUCAGGAGAUCCAGGAAUUAGAAGAGGAGCAUCAGCAAAGGCAUAAGUCGCUUCAGGAAGCCCAUAUCCUUGCCUUUCAAAAUAUGGAAGAAACAAAGGAACAAGAACAAAAGGAAUUAGAAGAACGUUUACAACAAAAGCAUUCAGAAGAACUUCAGGCACUGAAAGAAACACACAAACAAGCCAUGGAAGGUUUCAAAUUGGAGAUGGAGCAGGAACUUCAGACUCUGCGAUUUGAACUGGAGGAUGAAGGAAAAGCUAUGUUAGCUUCCUUGCGCUCAGAGCUAAAUCAUCAACAUGCGGCAGCAAUUGACCAACUAAGGCACAACCAUCAGCAGGAACUGGUAGCUGCCAAAAUGGAACUUGAAAGAAGCAUAGAACUUGGCAGACGACAGGAGAAGGAAUUCUUAUGCCGAAUAUCAGAUCUACAAGAUGAACUGAGACAUCGAGACCAUCAUAUAGCUGAACUGGACAAAGAGAUUCUGCAUCUUCAUGACAAUAUAAGUGCAUUGACAAAAGAACUAGAGUUUAAAGGGAAAGAAGUCCUUAGAAUACGCAGUGAAUCUAACCAACAGAUCAGGAUGCAUGAGCAAGAUUUAAGCAAGAAACAUGAGAAAGAGCUGGAUGUCUUGACAGCAGAGCACAUCAGAGAGAAACAAAGCAUGCUGGCAGAUUUUAAUAAGACCCAAGAGCUGCUCAAGGAAAUUAAUUCAGCUUUACAAGUUUCUUUAGAAGAAAUGGAAGAAAAAUAUAAAAACAGAGAAUCAAGACCAGAAGACUUGCAGCUUAUCUCAGAACUGAAAGACCUAAUUGCAGAACGGGACCAGCUCAUAAAGAAAUUGAUUGAGGACAAAAAGUUCUAUCAGCUGGAGCUAGUUAACAGGGAGACUAACUACAACAAAGUGUUUAAUGCAAGCCCUAAUGUUGGUGUUAUAAAUCCAUUGGUGAAGCAAAAGAAGAAGAAUGAUAAAUCAACAAACAGGUUUGUGAGUGUCCCCAAUCUAAGUGCUCUGGAAUCUAGCGGAGUGGGCAAUGGACAUCCUAACCGCCUGGACCCCAUUCCUAACUCACCCAUCCACGAUAUUGAGUUCAACAGCAGCAAACCACUGCCACAGCCAAUGCCACCCAAAGAGCCCAAGACGUUUUUGAGCCCUCCUCAGACUGAUGCUUCACCAGUGGCUUCACCAGAUCCACAACGCCAGGAGUGGCUUGCCCGAUACUUCACAUUCUGAGAGACGAUUUGUUUUUGUGGCACAGCGUGAUGUGGACUGUUUAUAAGAGCAUGACCUUAAGUAAACCCUCAUGUGAACGAGCUUUCCUGUAAUUUGUCAAACACUGUGAAUGAGAAAAUAUUUGUCUUUCUGAUUUGAAAAUGCACUGUAUUUCAUGUGAUAUUUGUUGGAAUCACUUGACAUGGUAUUAUAUAAUGUGUGUAAUUAUUAUUUUUACUUAAGAUGGAAGGAUCUUUAAACUUUGUAAUUACUACAUAAUAAAUUUUGGUAGAACAAACAUAAUGCUUUCCCCCUUUGUCCUAUAAAUGUGUUUUCUUUUAUUUUAGGUAAGGCUUCCUCCCCCACCCCCCCAAAAAAAAUCGCAUGGUUGUUAUAAAUACAAUGUAAUUUGUGAAAGGAAAAAUUCUCUCCAAUUUGGGCAGGGUACGUCUAAUCCAUCCCAGUUCUGUUGCUUUGUAGCAUUUCAAAAACUGUCCCAUUCCUAACACUUAAAAGGAAGACUAAAUUCUGUGGAAAUCAGCGUAGAAGCUCAGAGUGGGAAGGCCAUAAAAAAGAAGCAAGAAUUGUUUCAUUGGGGCAGGGUUUUGACACUGUAACCGAUGCCCAUGAGACUUUACCUUCUAGUUAUUAUCUAACAAAUUGUGCGUUUAUGUUAAGAGUAUUAACAAAGACAUGCUUGAUUCCUGUAGAAUACCAUAUUACGUAUCUCUGCAUAAAUCAGGAGUCUACGUUUGGGGCAUAAAGUCUUGCUUUAAAUAAAAUUCAUGUCUGAAAUGUUAAACAAUCCAACUCAAAAAAACUGUUUGCCAUUUAUACAUACUAGAGAUACAGAUCUUUAAACAUUAAUUUCCUUCAGUUGUCUAUAUUAAGAGUUUUAUUGUCUGAUAUAUGAACAUGGUUUUCUUUCAGCUAGUGAGCAUGAUUCUCCAGUCUACACCUUUUAUGAUGCUGGUGUUGCUCCAGGAAUUUGCUGCGGCAUAUAGAAAAAGCCUGUUGUCUCUUUUGUAUUUUUUCAUUCAACGAUUACCACAAAGUAACUCACACUGGUAGUCUCAGGGAGAAAAUUGUCUCUUUGUUUUAUGAAUGUAUUUUUAAGCUAAAACUCUUUAUCUUUUAAAAGCAGGAACAAUUGUUUGAGUUGUUUAAAUAAGGUUUUAGUUAGCAUAUACUAAAGUCUCUACCUUUAAUAUUUCACCUGAAGCCCUAACUACAUACUUUUUUUUCCCCCUGUAUGCACAAAGGUAAAUACCCAGAUGGAUAUACUUGCUAAUUACAACGAGUUUUAUAUGUAGUAUAUGUAUAAAUGAAAAAUUUGUAUGUUUUCAUAUAAACAAUAUAAAAUAUUCUAAAUGAACAUUUUAAAACUUCUAUCUUAUAAUUCUGCUUGAAAAAUCCACUGAAAGCUGUACUCUGGUGAUGCUGCUGUGAACUGAAGAUGUAUACGGGAGAUUUUCUGUAGCUGGUGCACUCAAAUGGAGGUAAUAUGCAACUUUUUAAUUUUAGAAGAAAGCCAUAUUGAGCAAAAUGUCAGAUUUCUUGGCUGUUACCGAAAUAAAAUACACUAGCUCAUUUUGUUAUAACGUU